AUGGGCUCCGGUUAUGAUAUUGGCCUUGCCGGAGACGGAGAUUCCGGUGAUGGCGGAGAAGACGACGACGUCGGUCACGGCGUUGUCGUUGCCGGAGAGGUCGAUUCCGGUGCCGGCGAAGGUGGGUUCGGUGGGGUCGUUGCCGUCGUUGGGGUGUUGGCCAAGGAAGCAACGGGAGACGAAGGUUUCGUGGCCACGGCGGAUGAGGAUUCCUUGGGUGGUGAAGCGGAGAAAGAAGGAGUCGAGGAUGCGGAUACGAACGGAGUCGAACACGGCAAUGCCGCCGCCGCGGAGGGUGGAGUCGAAGAAGAUGUCUCGGAAGGUGAUGGAUUCGUAGCGGAUGUUGUCGGAGUUGCUGUCUUUUUGUUGGCCGGAGAUGAUGAUGAUGUUUUGGGAGAUGGAGGGAAGGAGAUGAGUUGGAUGAGGUGCUUGUCGCCGGGGAAUGUGUUGGAUGCCCUCAGGCUGCCUCCUUGCAUCUGUGGUGUUGACUUCGGCUACACGCAAGUGCGCACGUUUACCGACUCGUUGGUUCGGCACGACACCGCUCGCCUUGAACACGAGAUGGGUAUUGGACUUGGACCUUUGUACUUGUUU